AUGAACCCUUCAAACCCUUUAAACCCAUCUCCCUCCGGGCCUUCCAAAGUCGCUUCCCUCGAAGAAAUUCGCAAGAACCUCUUCGAGUUCCGCCUCCGAUCCUCAGAGCCUCCCCCCACCGAACCCAACUCUUCGUCUUCAACCUCAUCAUCAUCUCAGCACAUCUCAUUUCAAGAGCUUUACACACGGAAUUUGACUGCGAAAUCCGAGGAGAACGGCACCAAUGCCGAAUCAGGCCCCGGAAAAGUUGGCGGCAAGCUCUUGCUUGAAGCGAUUCGCGAGAGUCUGCGGCAGAUGCGGCCAUCGUCCCAGCCCGGGGCGACGCAGAAUGAGAGGAGUGCGGACCCGAUGUCAUUAUCAGACUAUAAGAACAGUUUGAAGUUGAAGUCGUCGACGGAGUCGGGUUCGGUGAUCGGUGGGACCUGUAUGCUGCCGGCAUUUGUGUUUAGGAAGGAGAGGGAGAGGAAGGGAACGGAGGGGGAGACAAAGGCAAUGAAGACGGAGUUUGUGAAGAUGUAUAACUAUAACGAGUUGGAGAAAAAGCUGAGGGAGCUGAGGCCAGUGGGGAAGAAGGAAGAUGAACGAGAGGCUGAUAAAGUUGAGAGAGAUGGAGGAGACCGAGACGAGGAUCGGCGGGGUUUCAUUUAA